AUCAGAUUGAUCUGAACUCGAGCCCGCAAACUCACCCCCAAAGCACUGUAGCACACCAUGGGCACAGACAAAGACACCCUCAGCCCAAUCGCUUGCGAACCAUGUCGGCAGAGAAAGUGCAAGUGUGAUCGGACAUUGCCCUCAUGCAGCCAAUGUGCAGAACCAUCCAAAUGCAACUAUCCAGAGAGUGGCAAGAGAGGCCUACCGCUCGGCUACUUGACCCAACUCGAACAGCGACUGGCAGACACCGAAUUAGCUCUGUUUGAGGCACUGGCCACUCUCCGCUCACUUGGCCAUAAUGAUAAAGGCCUCGUCAAGGCAUCACUGAAGGCAGAGGUCGAAGCAAAACAGGGAAAACAUGCGCGGAUGAAGGAAUGGGGCCGACUGCCACUUCGGGAUCCGGCAGACAUCCGGGGUUGGUGGCAGGCGAAAGAGGACCAGUAUACCUGUGAACAGGGGUCCUUGAGGACCCAAGCAAAAGAAUUGGAUCCGGCGCUCGAGGACACUCAAUCAACUGAGUUGGGAGGAUCUGUUCUGGGAGCUCAAAGACAGCACAGGACCGACGCAGGAGCCAUCUCCGCAGAGGCAUCGGCCGACGGGCGCUCAAUGAUGUCCAGCAGUUCAGAGGACCGCACUGCCGGGAUACCCAGUAAUGAGGAUUUGAGACGACAGAUUCCGCAGCAUUCGCUGGGGAUUCAUCUCCAUAGAAGCUUAGGGGAGCAUGAUGGUGAAUCACGGCCGGGUAUUCCUCGCAGCCAGGAGGACGGCGCAGAACCGGCGAGCACGGAUAGAGCGAGUAUUCUUGCCAGCACACGGCCUUCCCUUUACUUCUAGGGUAGGUGCAAUAUUGGGAUUCCUUCCAAUCUCUGAUGAUUGCAUGGGGCUAGAGCACAAACGCAGACAUGAUUUUCGUUCCUUCUGAUAUAAGCCGGAGAUCUGUCAGU